AUGGACGGUCUUCAUUUCGCUGGAGCAACGCAGCUCCUGCCUGUGAACACUUGCAGCAAGACGGAGGCAGUGGCAGCAGCAGUUGCAUUGUCAAGUUGCUUGGAAGGUGUCCUCCCAGACAAUGCGAAGUCCAGGUUCGCUUUGCCCAAGGAUGCACAUUCUUUUCGAGAAUUUCGCACGCCCACGAAGCACUUGCUGUCUGGCUUAGCAAACAGUUUACAGCAGGCGAUGCCUGCAGGCUGGACCCUCCAGGGAUGCAUCCCGCCGAACCCCCUGCUGCCCGCUGCACGUGGCUGUGAUCGGUUGCCCUUCGAGGAGGUUGAGAAGUCGCUCCUGAACCCGAAGCUUGCCCAGGACGCCAAGGUCUACUUUGUGUGGGAUCCUGAAGCAUCUGAAGGACGCCAAGACUUCUAUGUUCACGAGGACUUUGUCCGUCUCGUGUUUGGGGCGGACGAAGGGACGGAGGGAUUCGUUGGCUGGCAACACCUGUGCUCCCAGAACCUCUGGGCAGUUUUCUGGCCAGACUUGUUUCACAAAGCCGCCCGAAAGGCGGGCUCCGCCAUACGCCGACUAGAAGAAGGACCCCAAUUCCUCCGUCGACUGAUGACUCUAUUUCGCUUUUCACGGGGCCCCUUCAAAAGCAGUCGCUUUGGUCGCACCGUGGCAGAGGCCAGGGAUCACUUGCUGCGGUUGCUCAAGGAGGAUCCGAAUUCAGACUUCGUUCAGCUCUGGCUCACCGGUAUGGCGAAGGAUGAGGCUGGAUGGUGCAAUGUCGGAGGCCCCGUCUCCUCGGACUUCUCCGGCACGCACGCCGUGGCUCUGCUGGAGAAACGCAAAGGUGUCAUGCACUUGCGAGCUGACACAGCGAAGGACGUACGAUGGUUCAGCUUUUACGAUUAUGCCGUCGCAUUAGACAAAUGCUGGCAUACCGAGGCCAUGGCACACUGUUUCUCCCUCUUCGUCGAGGGGAAGAAUCCAUGGGGUUUGAAUCGCACUGGAGAUGCAAGCGAAGACAACUUCUCGGCUCGUGUGGCAGCCUGGCAUGUUCGCUCCCCGGUUGUUGCAGCCCUUUUGCAGGUGCUUGCUGACGACACCAAUCAGGACAAGACACGUGCUUUCAUCGUGGUUUUCAAAGCGCUCCGAAUUUACGUGGCCGACUGUGCAAGAGAUUUUCAGAACAGUGGCUCCGCCUCCAUCCGCCACUACAUCUCUUUGGCGACGGGCAAAAAAGUUGGCAAGUUGAUCGUGAAGACUUUUGAGAAUGCUGCGAAGGGGAGUGGCCUGGUCUACUGUGGAGCCACAAGCGACGAGGAAUCCCUCGAAUGGGUGGCGAAGCUUUUCCUGUUCCAGAUCGAUGCCCUGUGUGAUCUCGAUGCUGUCUAUCGUUCUUUUCCCUGGGCAUCUAUUGCAUGCCUUCACGAGUCCUCCAAGGCAGCAACCCUUCAGAGCAUGAGAAUGGAGUGGGAGUUUGUGCGAGACUGCAUUGACAAGCUGCCUUCUCAGCACGAGCUCUACUGGCUCUUCUCCUUCACCCGCUACCAAGCCUACCGUGAUGUGAUGAUCAAAGCCGAGACGAUGAGCUUCCGGCCGGAGGCCAUGGAUGAAGAAUGUGGCCUCCCCUUCACUGAGGUUUGCCGUGUGGUGGCAGGCAUGACAGGCGAGAAGACGGACAGUGUGCUUUCCAGCUUGCCGUGCGAGCUGACUUUCAACGACUUGAGGGACAGUGGCAGGAGGCAUGCCAAAGCUGAAAAGACGGUGCCGCAGAACAUCCAUGCCAUCGCUCAGAAAAGUAGUUCACGCCGCCCUGCUGGAGGGCAGGCCCUCAGCCUCACUGCAGAAGACUGGUCAACUCCUUUGUCGCACAAGUAUGUCAAAAGCCGGGUUCACAGCAUCUUGAAGGCAACGGAUGUGGAGCUUGGAAUUUCAAGCGAGGGCCUUACGAAGCACCGGUCCUCCAAGCACUACACGAAGCCGCACAUCCUGAGCCAGCGGCUGGAUCUCAUGAGGCUGUUAGCUCAUGAGUAUCACGAGCAAAUCGCAGAUGUGCGGGAUGGACAGGACCGCUUGGAUAUGGUCCAAGAGCUUUUCAAGUCCUUGUGGAUUUGCAAGCUCGUGCCGGAGCAUGUGUUCGUGUCUUGGAAAAAGGGAGAAGAAGUUGACACACGCUUUCUGGUUCUUCGUGCAGGGCCACAUUGUUUGCGAGUGCUCCCGCUCGUGAAGUUCGGUGACUCAGAUGACGAUGUGUUCAGCUUCAAGGAGAUGAAGGUUCCUCGUUUGGGGAAGGCGGUGACGGACAUCACGGAGGUGGUCAUCUCCCAGACCAGCCCUGUCAUCGCUCACGAUCAGUUGGGAUGGCGGCAAACUUCCGCAUGGAUGACAUUGCAGCAGUAUGUUGCUGAUGUGUCUAUCUUGACCAUCCCUCGCGGUUUGCUUGCGGCUGUAUGCACAGAGCUGGGCCUGAAACACGGCAAGAUGGACUACAAGGCUCGGGUUCAUCUGUUCCUCCUCAAAAUGGGCAAGUCCGAACAAGAGAUCCAGAACAUCCUGGAGGAAAUCCCUGACAGCUGCCCGCGCAAAAAACGCAACGAGGACAGAGGGACAUCGCAAACCCUCCCUUCAUGA